UGUCCUAGAAAGAAACUCCAGGCAUUAACACCUCCCGUCCUCGCGUAUUGCCAGAGUAUGAUCAGGGAAUGGGAGAAUGGCUUCCAGAAGACUGGGAAACAGAGGCCCCAAGAAAGGAAGGCUGCAGAGGGCAGGUGGAGGAUGAGUGGGGCGCCAGUCAGAAUGUCUAACACAAGCGAUUCCUUUUGGGAUAAAGCCCCCCUGUGCUGUCAGCGGGGUCUGAGUUCUACUUCAUCGUUGGGGAUAUGGACCAAAUCCUACAAAUCAGAUCCACGCAUCGCCCUCGGAAAAUACUCCCCCUUGGAAAAAGAGAUCCUACGGCUGGGUGGCGUCCACACCACGGCGGCAAGGAGAUUUCUGACCCGCAAGCAAGAGGAGGAGUGGCAAAUGCUCAAGGAGCUCCAGUCGCUGUCUCCGGACUACAAACGGGCGCUGGAGCUCGGAACACAGCAUCCCCGUCCCUGUGCCGCCUGCAGGCCCCUGGAAAAACUAUGGACGGCCAAGGUGAUCGUGCCCCCAGAGGAGUUCAGAAUGCCCCAGCGCGAGAAGCUCACUGUCGUCAGGCACGUAGAACGGAUGCAGCUUGCUCGAGCCCUACGGGAUAAGCAGCGGUUGCUCUACAUCGAGAGGCUCAGGGGCUCUUCGUUUCUGUCGGGAGGGGGCCUGGGCCCAACGGCAAAAGACAAGACCAGGGAAGACGAGGACAGCGAGGUCGUGGCUUUCUACGACUCUGCCAAGCAAGAGGAGAGAGGCGAGGCAGAGAACAAAGCCACCAGCAGACGAGAAAUAAAAAUGAACGUCAUCUUCAAGUCAGAAGAACCGAAACAAUGUGUCACAUGCCAUCCAAAUGAUCAGAAACCGUUCUUCCCCACCAAGAAAGCGGAACGGUCCAUCACUGGCCUAACCAACCGAAAUCUUUUCCGCUUAGCUGAGUUCCCUGGUGACCUAAUGCUGAUGAGUCAGGAUUUUAUUUCCCGGGGGGUCCACCCCGCUGAUAUGACAAAGGCCAGCCUCCUGGGGGAAGACAGCGUCUGGAAAGGGUACGUGCACAAAGCUCUUUAGUAUUAAAGUCUUACUUAUUGCCAUGGUAACCAAAGACCCUGGUCCUUUUCACUCCUGCAGCUCUGCCCCCGGGAUCCUGGGGUCUCCAGGCUUCUCAGGGUAACACCUAACAGCAAGGCUUCCUGGUUUCAGGCAUGUCUUCGCUCUUGGCUCUCAGCUGGCACCGUCAUCCCAGAGCCCAGGCCUUUCCAGCAUGCAGGCCUCCCCGCUUUGCCUUAUUUCCAGGGGUCCUAUGUCAGUUGCCCACGCCUGUGAAACAAAUCACCCUCAAAUCCAGUGGCUUAAAACUGCAAUCGUUAAUUUAGCUUGAAAUCCUGUGGGUCAGCAAUUUAGGCUGGGCUCAGUUGGGUUCCUCAUGUGUCCACAGUCAACCACGGGUCAGUUAGGUGACUCUCCUGAGGGUUGACAGCUAUCAGCUGGGUCAGUGGAAGUGACUGGGCCACAUGCUUCCUUGCCGCAGCAGGCUGGCCCAGGCCCGUUCACAGGGCCACUGCAGGAUCCAAGAGAGUAAGUGGAUGUUUGCAAAGCCCCUGAAAGCCAAGACUCAGAACUGGCACACCAUCCCUUUGUCACAUUCUGUUGGCCACAGCAAGAUACGAGGGUGGGCAAGUGGACUUCAUCUCUGGAUAGGAAGAGGAGGAGGGUCAUACUGCAAAGGGCACGAACACAGGGAAGCAGGUACGGCCGGGACCAUGACUGCAAUCACUCCACCACUGAGUCCCUGGAGCUGGGACCAACCUAUAGCCCAGAUGGGGAAAAGAAUGUUACUCAAGGAGAA